CUUCUUCAGUCCAUUAGAUUACUUUCCUCGUUGAUUUCAAAGCCUAGAGAACCAAAAAUGGAGGAAGCUCAGAAAGAGAACGGAAGCUCAGCGACGACGGUGGAGGAGAGAGAGGAAGAGCCUAUUGUCGGGCCUGGUCCGGCCCCUCGCGCUCGUACCAAGCGCCCUCUCCAAUUCGAGCGAGCCUAUCUCGAUGCUCUUCCCUCGGCCAACAUGUACGUAUUUUCACCGAUAUAUACACUUUCUUUCAUUUUUUUUUUAAUUCUGACUAUGCAUGGAAGAUAUGGCUUGUGUAAUAAAGUGGUUUCGGAUCUGCUUCAAGCCAAAGGCCUCAGAUCCGCAUUGGAUUUGCUUCAAAAAUAG